GUGCGGGGAUAGCGGCACUCAGCCCGGCAGCUCCGUGGGGAGGGCAGCUGGAGCAGGGCACGGCCUUCUGAGUGGUGGCACCGGACGUGGGGAGCUGGCGGAGCACGAUGGAGGUGAGGCAGGUAAGCCACCGGGUGCCCUCAUGUGCUGUUGUGCCUCCAGCACUCCCCGCUCAGCCGGCAGCCAAGGCCCAUAGGCGGUUCCGGGCUGGAAGCAAACACCCACCCCACGCAGAAGAGAUUGGCGUCUCUCGGACGUCCCACCCCAUAGAGGGGCAGGUGCAUUGCUCUGACCCUGCGCCGGCCGCCUGCCCCAGGCAGCCCGGGAGCACUUGCAGGGUUAAUAUCUCCCGCACGUGACACGGUGACACUGCAGAUCAGUGCAGGCCGGGAAGGCGAUGGGGACAUGGCUGCUUCCAGGCAGCCAGCAGCAUGCAGGCACGGGGCUGAGCAGGAAGCCAGGCAGGCAGCCCUCCUUCCUGGCAGAACGCCCACGCCACAGGCUCCAGCCAAGCCCGAGAUGCUGAGCGGGUCCCUGACCACCCAUGUGCUGAACACAGCCACAGGGCUGCCCGCUGCCGGCCUCGCUCUGCGCCUGGCAAAACUGGGGGAGCCAGGGGGACAGUGGAUGGAGCUGGCGCACAGCCCCAUUCUGCUUCCUUCUGCUUUCAGGUGGACGGACGCAGACGGGCGCUGUUUGCCCCUCCUGCCCCCUGGGCAGGCUGAGGCUGGCACCUAUAAACUGCACUUUGAGACAGCGGCUUACUGGCAGGGCCUGGGGCACACCAGCUUCUACCCCUUCGUGGAGGUCGUCUUCACCAUCACUGACCCAGCCCAGAAGCUGCAUGUCCCACUGCUGAUCAGCCCCUACUCCUACACAACAUACCGGGGCAGUUAAGGCAAGGCACAUCCUCGCUCCAGUGCCACGGGGGAACUAUUUGACUGAUACCAUUAAAGGACUCAAACAGCA